CGUGGCAACAAGGCCGCUGGAACGUCGCAGACAGAGCCCGAGUUUGCCGAGCCGAUCCAGAACAUCACCGUGCCGGCAGGACGCAAAGUCACACUUGCCUGCGUCGUGGAGAACCUCAACAACUACAGGGUCGCCUGGAUGUUCGUGGAGAAGUUUACCUUGCUGACUCUGGCCAAGAGCGUGAUCACGCACAACUCCCGCUUCAAGGUGACGCACAACGGUCAUCGCACCUGGCACCUUCACAUCCACGACGUGCAAGAACGUGAUCGCGGAGCCUACAUGUGCCAGAUCAACACGUCGCCCAUGAAGUCUCAGAUCGGAUACCUCAACGUGGUCGUGCCACCCAAGAUUGACGAGGAGAACACCAGCUCAGACACCGAAGUCCGAGAGGGGGGUGAAGCCGCGCUCAAGUGCGUUGCCAAGGGAACGCCGGAACCGGAAAUCACGUGGAGAAGAGAAGACGACCAGGAAAUCGCGUUCGGCCGCGAGAAAGUUUCAUCGGUGAAAGGCACUUGGCUGAAUAUCACCAAGGUUUCCCGCCUGCACAUGAGUGCCUACCUGUGCAUCGCAUCCAACGGUGUGCUGCCCUCGGUCAGCAAGCGGAUCAUCCUUGAAGUCAGCUUCGCACCCAUGAUAUGGAUACCUAACCAGUUGGUCGGCGCGAGCAUCGAUACCGACGUGACACUGGACUGCAAUCUGGAGUCGCACCCCAAGUCGGUGACCUACUGGACGCGUAACACGGACACAAUCAUCCACCAGAAUUCCAAGUACUCGGUCGUAACGGUGCAACACGCCAUGUACAAGGUCCAGAUGCAGCUCGUAAUCCGCAGGCUCAAACCCGAAGACUUUGGCGAGUACCACUGCGUCGCCAAGAACUCGCUGGGCGAGACGGAGGGAACGAUCAAGCUUUACGAGAUUCCAGCCAGCUCGUCAUCCACGUCACACUCGCCCGAGGCAUUUCGAGCGAAAUCGGAAAAAUUGCGCAACGGCCAAAUGCGAAACUCCCUGACAAGGCCCAGCGAUCGGGCUGUGGUGACGACAAAACCCCAGGAUCUGUCUGAGGCUUCCAGAGACCAGAGGCCGUCUUACACACCCGCUGUUGUGAAAAUUGGAGCAAUAGACCUGUUACUUACAGCUGCACGGCAGCGCGACGCCCCUAGGGAGCUCAGUGCUGUCCACGUCACUGCUUUCUCUCAUCGCCGUCGGCUUCGUGUUGACCAUGUCGUGACGUGUUGCGGCAUUCCCUUGAACGUGCAUCGACAACGUUGCCGCGCGCCGUGCCGGACUGCACCUUGGCUGAAUAUCACCAAGGUUUCCCGCCUGCACAUGAGUGCCUACCUGUGCAUCGCAUCCAACGGUGUGCUGCCCUCGGUCAGCAAGCGGAUCAUCCUUGAAGUCAGCUUCGCACCCAUGAUAUGGAUACCUAACCAGUUGGUCGGCGCGAGCAUCGAUACCGACGUGACACUGGACUGCAAUCUGGAGUCGCACCCCAAGUCGGUGACCUACUGGACGCGUAACACGGACACAAUCAUCCACCAGAAUUCCAAGUACUCGGUCGUAACGGUGCAACACGCCAUGUACAAGGUCCAAAUGCAGCUCGUGAUCCGCAGGCUCAAACCCGAAGACUUUGGCGAGUACCACUGCGUCGCCAAGAACUCGCUGGGCGAGACGGAGGGAACGAUCAAGCUUUACGAGAUUCCAGCCAGCUCGUCAUCCACGUCACAUUCGCCCGAGGCAUUUCGAGCGAAAUCGGAAAAAUUGCGCAACGGCCAAAUGCGAAACUCCCUGACAAGGCCCAGCGAUCGGGCUGUAGUGACGACAAAACCCCAGGAUCUAUCUGAGGCUUCAAGAGACCAAAGGCCGUCUUACACACCCGCUGUUGUGAAAAUUGGAGAUUUGCAGCUGCAUGGCAGUGCGACGCCCCUAGGGAGCUCACUGCUGUUUACGUCACUGCUUUCUCUCACCGCCGUCGUCUUCGUGUUGACCAUGUCGUGACGUGUUGCGGCAUUCCCUUGAACGUGCAUCGACAACGUUGCCGCGCGCCGUGCCGGACUGUAAGCGUGCGGCACCGGGCCCCUGCUGACUGCACCAGUGACGCGGAGGGCAACACGGCACGCCAACGGCUCAACUGGAAUCGAACGCCACAAAUCUUUCGUGGCGCGAGGCGAUUUCCCGAGCAGCGAAACGUAGGGAGGACAUUGCCACACGCGUUACGCUAUGCGUACGCCGGUCAUUUCUCUUGUCCGACUUUUCACUUUCGCGGUUGCUUGCGUUCUCUUUGUGGAAGACUGUAUCGGAAGGGCGGGCUACUACUCCAACCCAGUGCGCGUCACAAAACUUCAAAAUUGUACACGUUCUUUAUGAUCGGUGCUAUCAUGCGAAAUCUUUUUGACAUUAGCUUGAGCAUUACAUGACCGUAGCGUUGGUUCACUUUUCUUCUGCCUUUUUCAGAGAUGAAAGUCAGGCUCAUUUGUUAUGGUUAUCAAUCACGUAAUAAAUGACCACUAACAAACGUAGUUAUUCAGCGGCUAGCCGAAAGCAAUGUAAGAAACAUUCUGAGCCUUAGUUUUGUGCACCAAAACUAUAAACGGUAUUCAUUUAGAGUAACCAUAAAUCAGCGUUGAAACCGAAACAAGCAUUUAUAAAUUCCAUCUGAGAGCUCUUAACUUGGAGCUGUAAUAAAGAGACCACUAACUCAUUAUAUUCUUGUGGACAUCAUUCAAAGCAGCUCAAAAAGAGAUUUUAUGCUGAAAAUGCUUGUGGGUAAUGAUGUGGAGAUCAUGGCAGACUUGAAUGGAUCGUUUCUUUAUUAUUAUUAUUAUUUUAUCAUUUUUAGCGCUUAUGUGGUUCGCUUCUAAGCAUUCCAUUCUGACUCACCAAUAUUGCUCAUUUACGCACACGUUAAAAUAGUCACUUCGAAUCUCAUGCUCUUCUUUCAUUUUCCGCAUAGUCAUUUUUUGAUGGAAGCCACAGUCACUCAUGAGCGACGGAGAGAUAGUCUCUUGCCGUUUUCAUCAGGCACUGUAGAAUAACUUUGUAGCGUUCUGUCCGUAACAAUUUCAUUCUCUACGUCGAAAAAAUCUGUUUGCGAGUUCGCGUCUUGAAAAUACCGUAGGCAAGUAGUAUAUCGAGCAAGAACAGUGUUUUCAUCUCGCAGCGCACUUUAUCAGCAUUAUCAUCACAACUGCGCAUGGCAAGUCAGCGUGUACAGUUCCUAAUGAAUAACAAGUCUCCGGCAUCAACUGUGGUAGAUGUUAUCAAAUUUUUGCACAUCAAGAAUUAAAAAAACGUUUUGUUGCCAGAAGGGUGAUUAAUUAUCAAAGCAACAUUAUUUUUUAUCAAAACGUCGAACUUAAACAUGUAAUAGUACUGGAUUGUUAUUGGGUCAUGUACCAUAGAUUUUGUACCCUUGAACUGAAAUUCACUGUUCUUUGAGCUGGCUAAACUCAGUAGUUUUAACGAAGUCACUCGUAAGUUUCUUUGUAUGUUGAGCUUUAUAUAAUUAUAUUUUAUUGUUGUAGUUUGUUGCUCUCUGUUGAUCAAGUGCUGCUGGUACUUUUUAGAGCACUGGCUGUACCUUUCCACAGAUAGUAUGAUUAUUGGAAAAUCGCUGCCAUGAAAACAUACUAUCGCACUUGAAUCGAUUUGAAUUAUUGUUCUUUCAUCUACGGUUUUUUAUAUUUCCAGAUAAUAUUCAACCAACCGAAAAAAGCUCGUAAUGUAGUAAAGCACAGCAUCAAAAGUUGCUCACUUCGAAAUGUGGGAGGCUGCAGCCAAAAACAGGCUCCUAAUGAAGCACGCAUCUAUAAGUGAAUAUUUGUUUACGUUGAUUACGCCGAAAGAAGUCAUAUGUCAGCGCAUACACGGUCGUCUCUUACGUGCUGAUAAGUAAGAAACGCUAACUAAUAAUGGCAUGUUAAAUGUCAAUAAUUUGUAAGGUAUGUUCAGUAUGCUCCAUUUAAACCUUAAGAAAUACACGAUGGGCCAAAAUGAUGCUUAAAAGGGCGUUCAUUCUUCUUUAUGAGGCUAAAAUUAUUGGCGAUAUAUUGCUUCUAGCAAUACAUUGCUGUAACCUCAUUCCUGUAUUAUGAAGAUCUCUGAGUCGCUCUCUUGCCUAGUCACUCGUAAGCCGUUUUAAGAGUGCAUGCGAUAUAGGUAUUGCUGGUAAAGAAUUUUAGUUCACACGCUGCCGUCCCAACAACUGGCUACCAGUCAUAACAUCAUGACGCAACACGUGGAUAUUUCGGAAUCUUCUCUGCAGUUUGGUUCACACUUUUUCGUCUUUUUGUUGGUCCUGUCUCUGUGCGAUUACAGGUGGUUUAUGGUUCGCAAACCCUGACGGCGUUCGAACGAUGCAGUAGAAACACCCAGUUCAGCAAUUCAAAUGCGUUGAGAUUCAUUUCGCGGUUAACUUACUGGGAAUCGCAGUGAGCGAAUGAAUAUACAAUCUUGAGUAUAAUUCCUAAAACUUACCACGCUCAUAUCUGCUGGCUCUUAAGUAAUUGUACCCCCCCCCCCCCAGAACUAAUCAAAUGUUGCACUCAAAUAUUUACACAAGUCAUGUGAACCUGUCUUGUUAUAUUCAACGCUUGUUGUAGUGCCACGGCAGAACCAAAAUAAAGCAAGACAGCUUAGGCAUUUAUCAGCCGUCCUAUGGUCUACGCAAACGCAUGGACAAUAAGACGCCAAGGGUGUAACUGAAAAAAAUUUUAUCCAAAAUUACCGGUAACACCGACACCUAUACUAUUCAGGAUGCAGCUAAUAGUGUUAUUCCUGACGGUAAUAUUUGGUGACACAUUAUACAUACGAAUCAUACACAAAUGAGUUGUAGAUGAAAACAAAAGUGAGAUAUCACGAAACGAAUGUUAGGGUGCACUUGCUGCGCCAGCUUGUUUCGAGUCACAGGAAUGGCAGCUUUAAGGUGUUGAAUCAGAUGUGUAAUUUCAAGGCUGCAAGAUUUAAUUUCGCUUGCUAGCAUUCGCGAAGCGCCUGUAACUCCAUUUGUGUGGACGGCGUCAAUAUUUCUUGUAAAUAACACACGCCUAUUUACUCGCACAGAAGCUCAAUGGCGAUUCGACGACAGUGGUGGUAGUAACAAUACCAGGAGAAAUGUGUGUGAUGACGUUGAUGAUGGCGGUGAUGGUAGCAAAAACAUGUACAUAUUAUCAUACGCCUAACGCGUAAUUUUGUUUGUUUAUAAAGUGCCAAACGUACGUUGGUGAGUACAAUAAAAGGAGUCCAUCUUUCUUUUUUAUGACAUCACAA